UUUUGGUCAACACAUUAUGUUUUGGCUAAUUUGCUAAGUGAGGCUUAUUUGAUCGAACAGAAGUUUUAUAAUGAUUUGUAAACAACAGCUUUAGACAGUGAAUUGCUUACUAUGCUACAAAUGUAGGCCUACUGAUAUAAGUGGACGCACGUGGCAUUACGGCAACGAUUUUAUUUGUGAUAGGCAUUCCGAGUCUUUUCGGUGAGCCGGCACAUUUGGAUCUGUUCAGAUAGUGAACGCAGUAGCGGAGAUAAGAUGAUGCAGGCCCCUGAUGAUUUCCAAGGAAAGCACAAUGAGACAAUCAUUAGUUGUAUGUUGGUUGGGGAUGGUGCUGUGGGGAAAACCAGCAUGAUUAUAAGUUACAUCUCAAAUGGAUACCCAAACGAAUACCGUCAGACGGCCUUUGACGUCUUCACCGGAUUGGUUACAGUAGACGGGAUUCCAGUACAAAUCCAGUUGAUGGACACUGCAGGACAGGAGGAGUUUGAUAAUUUUCGCUCCAUGUUUUACAAUCAAAUAGAUGUCUUCAUCAUUUGCUUCAGUGUCGUCAACCCAGUGUCUUUCCACAACAUCACUUCAAAAUGGAUCCCACAGAUCCGCACCUUCAAUUCUGCUUCACCCAUAAUUUUAGUGGGGACCCAGUCUGACCUCCGGCAUGAUGUUGGCAUCCUUAUCCAUCUGGACCAGCUGAGGGUCAAGCCAGUGGUGAACUCCCAGGCCAGGCGUCUGGCAGAGAAGAUCAGAGCCCACGACUAUGUGGAGUGUUCCGCACUGACCCAGAAGAACCUAAAAGAAGCAUUUGACUCUGCUAUCUUUGCUGCCGUCAAGCACAAGGCCUGUGAGAAAGCAAAGAAGCUCAAACUAUUUGGUCGUGCAAAGACUUUUUCUAGUGGGGGGUGGAAGAAGUUCUUCUGCUUCAUGUGAUCCAAUGGCAUCACUACCUCAAUACAGGACACAAAACCCUCUGGUGUUGAAUACUAGGGGGUGGCAGUAGCCACUGGCUGGAUUACUAAGAGUUAGUUAUUCUGGACAAAAGUUGUCAUAUGUUGUGCUUAUUGAAGCUCAAAAGCCAAAAGUUCCCCCAGCAACCUGUGAUAGCCUUCCACCAUUGUAUGCACUGUGGAAAGUCUUUCUUAUUCACAGGAUUCAGACAGCAUUGUAUUGCAGUUGGUGUCACGGCCUAUUUGCGACCUGACUAUCACUUUUCGAGCGCAUAUACGGCAUAUUUUGUUUGUAGGCUUUAUAAAAUGUUAAAUGUAAAAUCUUCUAGCCAUAUAUGCUUCUUGUGGAAGCCACGUUUCAAACAAUGUUUGCUUUGUUGUUUUAUGUCACGUUUACUUGUCUCGUUACACAUUUCACUUUAAGUGUUCAUUUUUUUUGUUUAUUUUAAGAAAUUAGGAGUUUGUAAAUGUGAAAAUAUAAAAUCAAGAAUGGGUCGGCAGGUAGCCUAGUGGUUAGAGCGUUGGGCUAGUAACCGAAAGGUUGCUGGAUUGAAUCCCCGAGCUGACAAGAUAAAAAAUCUGUCGUUCUGCCCCUGAACAAGGCCUGUAACCCAAUGUUCCCCGGAUGCCGCCAUUGUAAAUAAUAAUUUAUUCUUAACUGACUUGCCUAGUUAAAUGAAGGUUCAAUUUAAAAAUAUAAAGAUAAUGUAGAUCAGCCCUCAUUAGAGUAGUUGUAGAAAAUUAUAUUCGCUAAUGCCUUGGACCUUAUUUUAAUUUACUGUUAACAUGUGGUAUGGUAAGGUAUAUUGAUCACUGAGGGAGCCCUACAGUCUGAGGUAAAUCCUCAGAAAACAGAGGGAAAGACAGAGUUGAGAAUAUUCUCACCACAGGGUUUUGUUACCCAGCUCACCAACAAGGGACUACGGUCACCUGCUGUCACAUUGAGGAUCCAAUUUACAAGACAAAGCCUCUCCGUUAAAGCUGUUCCCUUUGCCUUUGUAAUACAGCAAAUUGGUUUAAGCCUUGGAAAGUGGAAAGUCAUAAUAUAUAUACAAUCGAUUGCUGAGUACUACAUCGACGUGCAUAGUUGUUGGGUAUUAGAAACAUUGUGCGUAUUCAUUACGGAAACUUUAAGAACCAAACGGAAACAUGGAGGGAACUACCUGAAUUUGUCCAAUAGAAACUUUUACGUUUGGAGUAAACAUCUGUUGAAAAACAUUUUGCAACGGAGUCGGCGUAAUGAUUACAGCACUGGAAAAAAGUCCAAAGUGAUUUGUUUAAGACAGAACAUCUUUUUUUAUUUGUAUGAUAAGUGGUAAAAUGAAUGUGCUAUAAAGGAGUCAACAAUUGAACUACUGAGUGAUUAUACUAUAUAGCCUGCACACAAGGCCUAAUGUGUCUACUGGAUAAAGUUGUGUGUCAUGUAAGGGUGGCUGUGUUCCUGGGGAUCGGCAGUGUCCGGUGCGAGAGAGGCAGGUUAGUGUUCGGUGUGAGAGGGGCAGGUUGAAGUGGUCAGAGUAGUGCAGAAGGUGUCCUAUGCUGAGGCAGUGAAUACAUUUGAGGAGGGGUCAAGGGUGAGGGAUCCUGAGAGGAUCUAAGUGAGUAGUAGAUUUGUGCCAGCACAGAGGGGGAUAGCCCACUGAGUGAUAGUGUAUAUUCUUCAUUAGGUUUGAUUUCUUAGCAUUUUAUAGCAAUGGUUAUCAACUGUACCGCAGAAAUGGAACAUAAAUAACAUGGAUGUUGUGGAGGUAGCUGUAGAGAAGAUUUUGGAUUUAUGUGAUUUGACUUCAGAAGAGUUACAGGGUAUGUUGAGUAGGGGUGUCUCCUGUCCUCCCAGGCCGUUUGCUUGGGCAGGAGCAGAUAGGAUCAGAGUAGUGGAAUGGAGAAGUGGGUUGUUAAUGAGUAUAGGUGGCAGCUGCAGAUAAGUACCUGGGUGUAAGAGAUUUUACUGCGGAAGUUAUGUUUUGAGAUUUUUAUUUUUGUGAAACAGUGUGUGUGUGGUGCAAAUUUGUAUCCCCCUGCCUUUUUAAAAUGUUUAUAUAACAACUAUAAAGUGAUCGAACACACACUACUGCACAGUAGGUGGCAGCAUGGACAAACAAAAUGUGAGAAUGCCAUUAUAACAAAGAAGUAAUGCUGCUGCCUGAAGUUGUAAUUUCUCUGAAUUUUGUAUUUCCUCAGCCUGCUGUGUUAACGAGACAUCUCAUAUAUCCAAUCUCUGGAGCCUGUAAAACUAGAUACGUGCCUGCUAUCCUAGCACACUGCUGAGAUCUGGGGUGUAUUCAUUAUGCCUUGUAACUGAAACCAUUUACUGCUGAAGAACCAAACGGAAGCAAACAGAGAAAACGGAACGCAACUGGGAGGGACCUACCUGAAUUUGUCCAAUGCAAACUCUCGUUUUCGUUGUGUAACAUUUUCCUUUUGGAGUAAACUUUCUGUAGCAAAAUGUUUUGCAACAGAAUCGGCGUAAUGAAUACACCCUUGAUGAACCUCCAAUGUUUUCUGUUGGAUCAAUCAAUCUGUCAAUUCCUUAACAUCGUCAAGGAGACCAUUAACAUGUAUAGUGGAGUGAAUCACUGCAUUCUCUCCUAAGUAGUAAUUAGCAUUCUGAUAACAAUGGUUUCCUCACUCAAAGGCUUCUCUAGUAGAAAACAUAAUGUGG